AUGGAAUUCAAGGUCACCGUAACUACAAGGGCUGCAACAAUGGAGAAGUGGAUCUACCGCGUAUCUGAAGAUUUCCUUUGCGACGCCAGCGCAAAGAUCGUUGGUCUUGAUUGCGAGUUCACUGACAAAGUGAAAGGAAUCAAGCAGAAACUUCUUCCAGAGGAUAAACGGCAACGUGCAGCAGUUUUGCAGCUAUGUGUUGCCAAUGACAUCAUUCUUUUUCAGAUAUUUCAGACAACAAAGGUUCCAUGUUUGUUAAAGAAAUUCUUGAGCUCGGAGAAGAUCUGGUUCUUUGGUGCAGCAAUUGAUAUGGAUCGCAGGAUGCUGAUGCCUUACGGAUUAAACAUCAAGUGUGCGUUCGACUUGCAGAAGAUGAUCAAUAUUCAUAAAUUAGAUCCUGGUGUUAAGAAUAAAAGAAUACCAUCACUCUAUGACCUGUCAAAUGCUGUGUUGGGGACAAAUUUGGAAAAGAAAGUGCUCGUGCUGUGA